AUGGAACAUCUAACCCGUAGCCCAGCCGCCCACCCAUCCAUCCAUCUAUCCAUCCAUCAAUCCAUCCACCCAAUCCUCCAUCAAUUGUCCACACCACCUCUGUCCUCCGUCGUCGUCCCCUUCGCCGUCCCCGUCGUCAACGGCACCGACACACGACCGCACCGUACCGCAGCGCCCACUCCCCCCCCCCCACCCUCUGCAACCUGCGCGUGCCGCAUACAUACACAUACUUCCGACGCGGUCGCACACACGGGAGGAGGGAGGGUUCCUCUACAGCGGCUGCAGCGCACAGUACCUACGCGCACAGGCAGGUACAUGCAUACAUAG